AUGCUCCUCUCGCUAAACUACAGCCUCCUGGAAUCACACAUUUCCCCGACAGUUUUUGACAAGGACGUGAGAGCCUGGACCGCUCAUUUUGCACACGGCAAAAACACGGCAAGAACCCCGUCGCCCUGUUCCCUCCACCACCACCACACUGGGAAAGAUCUAAACCACACUGGGACUGAUCUAAACCACACUGGGACUGAUCUAAACCACACUGGGACUGAUCUAAACCACACUGGGAAAGAUCUAAACCACACUGGGAAAGAUCUAAACCACACUGGGAAAGAUGUCAACCACACUGGGAAAGAUCUAAACCACACUGGGACUGAUCUAAACCACACUGGGAAAGAUCUAAACCACACUGGGAAAGAUCUAAACCACACUGGGAAAGAUCUAAACCACACUGGGACUGAUCUAAACCACACUGGGAAAGAUCUAAACCACACUGGGACUGAUCUAAACCACACUGGGACUGAUCUAAACCACACUGGGAAAGAUCUAAACCACACUGGGAAAGAUCUAAACCACACUGGGAAAGAUCUAAACCACACUGGGACUGAUCUAAACCACACUGGGAAAGAUCUAAACCACACUGGGACUGAUCUAAACCACACUGGGACUGAUCUAAACAACACUGGGACUGAUCUAAACCACACUGGGACUGAUCUAAACAACACUGGGACUGAUCUAAACCACACUGGGACUGAUCUAAACCACACUGGGACUGAUCUGAACCACACUGGGACUGAUCUAAACCACACUGGGAAAGAUCUAAACCACACUGGGAAAGAUCUAAACCACACUGGGACAGAUCUAAACCACACUGGGAAAGAUCUAAACCACACUGGGACUGAUCUGAACCACACUGGGACUGAUCUAAACCACACUGGGAAAGAUCUAAACCACACUGGGACUGAUCUAAACAACACUGGGACUGAUCUAAACCACACUGGGACUGAUCUAAACCACACUGGGACUGAUCUGAACCACACUGGGACAGAUCUAAACCACACUGGGACUGAUCUAAACCACACUGGGAAAGAUCUAAACCACACUGGGAAAGAUCUAAACCACACUGGGACUGAUCUAAACCACACUGGGACUGAUCUAAACCACACUGGGAAAGAUCUAAACCACACUGGGAAAGAUCUAAACCACACUGGGACUGAUCUAAACCACACUGGGAAAGAUCUAAACCACACUGGGACUGAUCUAAACCACACUGGGACUGAUCUAAACAACACUGGGACUGAUCUAAACCACACUGGGACUGAUCUGAACCACACUGGGACAGAUCUAAACCACACUGGGAAAGAUCUAAACCACACUGGGACUGAUCUGAACCACACUGGGACUGAUCUAAACCACACUGGGAAAGAUCUAAACCACACUGGGACUGAUCUAAACAACACUGGGACUGAUCUAAACCACACUGGGACUGAUCUAAACCACACUGGGACUGAUCUGAACCACACUGGGACAGAUCUAAACCACACUGGGACUGAUCUGAACCACACUGGGACUGAUCUAAACCACACUGGGACAGAUCUAAACCACACUGGGAAAGAUCUAAACCACACUGGGACUGAUCUAAACAACACUGGGACUGAUCUAAACCACACUGGGACAGAUCUAAACCACACUGGGAAAGAUCUAAACCACACUGGGACUGAUCUGAACCACACUGGGACUGAUCUGAACCACACUGGGAAAGAUCUAAACCACACUGGGACUGAUCUAAACCACACUGGGACUGAUCUGAACCACACUGGGACUGAUCUGAACCACACUGGGACUGAUCUGAACCACACUGGGACUGAUCUGAACCACACUGGGACUGAUCUAAACCACACUGGGACAGGGGCCUCUACAUCAGGGCCUCUCCAUCAGAGCCUCUACAUCAGGGCCUCUACAUCAGGGCCUCCCUAUCUGGGCCUCUCCAUCAGGGCCUCUACAUCAGGGCCUCUCCAUCAGGGCCUCUACAUCAGGGCCUCUCCAUCAGGGCCUCUACAUCAGGGCCUCUCCAUCAGGGCCUCUACUUCAGGGCCUCUACAUCAGGGCCUCUACAUCAGGGCCUCUACAUCAGGGCCUCUCCAUCAGGGCCUCUCCAUCAGGGCCUCUACAUCAGGGGCCUCCCUAUCUGGGCAUCUACAUCAGAGCCUCUACAUCAGGGGCCUCUACAUCAGGGCCUCUCCAUCAGGGCCUCUACAUCAGGGCCUCUACAUCAGGGCCUCUCCAUCAGGGCCUCCCUAUCUGGGCCUCUACAUCAGGGCCCUCUCCAUCAGGGCCUCUACAUCAGGGCCUCUCCAUCAGGGCCUCUACAUCAGGGCCUCUCCAUCAGGGCCUCUACAUCAGGGCCUCUACAUCAGGGCCUCUACAUCAGGGCCUCUACAUCAGGGCCUCUACAUCAGGGGCCUCUUCAUCAGGGCCUCUAUAUCAGGGGCCUCGCCAUCAGGGGCUUCUACAUCAGGGCCUCUCCAUCAGAGCCUCUACAUCAGGGGCCUCUACAUCAGGGCCUCUCCAUCAGGGCCUCUACAUCAGGGCCUCUCCAUCAGGGCCUCUACAUCAGGGCCUCUACAUCAGGGCCUCUCCAUCAGGGCCUCUCCAUCAGGGCCUCUCCAUCAGGGGCCUCUACAUCAGGGGCCUCUACAUCAGGGCCUCUAUAUCAGGGGCCUCUCCAUGAGGGGCCUCUACAUCAGGGCCUCUCCAUCAGAGCCUCUACAUCAGGGGCCUCUACAUCAGGGCCUCUACAUCAGGGCCUCCCUAUCUGGGCCUCUCCAUCAGGGCCUCUACAUCCGGGCCUCUCCAUCAGGGCCUCUACAUCAGGGGCCUCUCCAUCAGGGCCUCUACAUCAGGGCCUCUCAAUCAGGGCCUCUACAUCAGGGCCUCCCCAUCAGGGCCUCUACUUCAGGGCCUCUCCAUCAGGGCCUCUCCAUCAGGGCCUCUACAUCAGGGCCUCUACAUCAGGGCCUCUCCAUCAGGGCCUCUCCAUCAGGGCUUCUACAUCAGGGGCCUCCCUAUCUGGGCAUCUACAUCAGAGCUUCUACAUCAGGGGCCUCUACAUCAGGGCCUCUCCAUCAGGGCCUCUACAUCAGGGCCUCUCCAUCAGGGCCUCUACAUCAGGGCCUCUACAUCAGGGCCUCUCCAUCAGGGCCUCUACAUCAGGGGCCUCCCUAUCUGGGCAUCUACAUCAGGGCCUCUCCAUCAGGGCCUCUACAUCAGGGCCUCUACAUCAGGGCCUCUCCAUCAGGGGCCUCCCUAUCUGGGCAUCUACAUCAGGGCCUCUCCAUCAGGGCAUCUACAUCAGGGCCUCUCCUUCAGGGGCCUCCCUAUCUGGGCAUCUACAUCAGGGCCUCUCCAUCAGGGCCUCUCCAUCAGGGCCUCUCCAUCAGGGCCUCUCCAUCAGGGCCUCUACUUCAGGGCCUCUCCAUCAGGGCCUCUCCAUCAGGGCCUCUCCAUCAGGGCCUCUACAUCAGGGGCCUCUACAUCAGGAGCCUCUCCAUCAGGGCCUCUACAUCAGGGGCCUCUACAUCAGGGCCUCUCCAUCAGGGCCUCUCCAUCAGGGCCUCUACAUCAGGGGCCUCUACAUCAGGAGCCUCUCCAUCAGGGCCUCUACAUCAGGGCCUCUAUAUCAGGGGCCUCUACAUCAGGGGCCAAUUUGAAUUUCUAAAUUACUUUUCCAGCCUCUAA